AUGGGCGCAGCUGCUGUCCUCUACGAGGCCCGAUGGUUCCUCGCCUUUGUUGUUCUCGCAAUUUGGGUGGUACUCAAGAUCAAGCAGUAUUACCGGUUGCGCCAUUUCAAAGGACCCUUCGGCACCGGCUGGUUUGAGAUCUGGCAUGGCUUUGCCUACUUUUCCAACAAUUCGCACAUGAAGUUCAAGGAGGCCACGGAUAGAUACGGGCCCAUUGCUCGCAUCGGACCCAAUGAGCUGAUGACUACGUCUAUCGAGUUACUGGCACACAUCAAUGGAGCGAGAAACAGAUACACGCGGACUAGGUGGUGGUAUCUUGUUGGUCGCUUCCAACCGAACAGAGACACCAUUUUUAGCGAGGUCGACGAAGCCAUACACACCAAGCGUAGAGCUCAAAUGGCUGGCGGAUAUUCGGGCAAGGAAAACCCUGACCUUGAGAGUUCGGUAGAUAUUCACGUUGCAGAACUAGUCCAACUUAUUCGGACCAAGUACUGUUCGACCGAGACCAAGAUAAACCCAUUCGAUCUCGCAAAGAAAACUCAGUACCUCGCCAUCGAUGUCAUCAGCCAUAUUGGAUUUGGCGAGCCAUUUGGGGAUCUUCUUUCAGACCAAGAUGUGAAUGGCUACAUCGAGGACGUCGAUAAGGGCACAAAGGCAUUAGCCUAUCUGUUGGCCUUCGGACUGACAGAACUCGCACUCGGCACGCCACUCAUGUAUCUCUUGGGACGAUCGGAAAAAGCAAAGACCGGCUUCGGGGCGAUGACGGCCAACACUCGCAGAAUCAUCUCUAAACGUCUCGAGGACGACCCCGACAUGUCCAAGGGGACUGACAUGCUCGCCUCGUGGUUCCGUCAUGGCUUGGAUAAAGAGCAACUCGUUACCGAGUCCAUUUUGCAGCUCAUGGCCGGCGCCGAGACCGCUGCCACCUCCAUGCGAUCAAUCAUGCUGUACCUCCUUACACACCCGCGCGUCUAUGCCAGGCUUCAGGCCGAGGUGGAUGCCGCCGUUAAGGAUGGAAGAGCGGCGCCGUAUCCGAGUGUUGUUUCCAAUGCCACGCAAAGGCAACUUCCUUAUCUGUGGGCAUGCUGCAAGGAAGGUAUGCGGAUGCACCCCCCGGUCACCAACUCUUCCCAGAAGAAGGUACCGCCUGAGGGAGAUACCGUCAUGGUGGAGGGCAAGACGGUCUAUCUUCCUGGCGGUACCAACAUUGGCUACUGUGUCUGGGGACUGAACAGGGAUCAGAAGAUCUUUGGAGCGGAUGCCGAUUACUACCGGCCUGAGAGGUGGCUGAAUGAGGAGGACCCCAAGAAGCUGGCUCAGAUGAACCAGGUCCACGAGAUGCUUUUUGGUUAUGGCAAGUAUCAGUGCCUCGGAAAGCCGAUUGCGCUGAUGGAAAUUGGAAAGGCUAUUUUUGAAUUGAUGCGGAAUUUUGACUGGAGUGUAACCAAUGUGGCGGAACCCUGGAAGGAGACCAACAUCGGCGCUGUAUUCAGGACGGACGACUUCCUUGUUGAGGCAACCGAACGCUCGGUAUCUUGA